CAAGAGUAGAGCAGCCACAGUAAAAUACUUCAAAAAAUCACACAAACCACCACAAAACUUUGUAUAUAAGUAGCAGAGAAUCAGACUACCUUUGACAACUAGCUAUCCACCUUAUUCCAUCACUCUGCGUUCAUCCGCAAUAAGGAUUCAUAAAAAAAAAACCAGUCUUGAUUCCCCUACAAGAGCUAAUAGCUAUGGAAACAUCAAAUCGAUUGAUGAUGCAAGAGAGCAAGAGCUCAAAAUGGACAAGAGAACAGAACAAAUGGUUCGAAAGUGCUUUGGCUAUAUUCGAUACAGAAACGCCAGACCGAUGGUCCAAUGUUGCUGCUUUAGUCCCCGGCAAAUCAGAGUUCGAAGUGAGACAACAGUACGAGGAAUUGAAAGCCGAUAUCAAUAAUAUCGAAGCCGGUUUAGUUCCCGAUCCCGGCUACUUCACCUUCAAAUCGGAAUUACUCCAAGAUCGCAGAUUCAAUUCUUUCGGGAGUCGACUUUUCAGGUCUAGAUCAUUAGAUCACGAAAGGAGAAAAGGCAUUCCAUGGACAGAAGAUGAACACAGGAGAUUCUUGAUGGGACUUCAAGUUCAUGGCAAAGGUGAUUGGCGAAAUAUUUCUCGUAAUUUUGUGGUGACUAAAACACCAACACAAGUAGCGAGUCAUGCACAAAAGUACUUUGCAAGACAACAUGCUGACGGGAAAGAGAAGAGGAGACCUAGCAUUCAUGAUAUCACCACCGUCCACCUGCCACGAACCACCAGUUUCUCAGGCGACAUGGACAAAUCAUCCCCAUUAAUGGUUAAUACACAAAACAACGGAAUCAAUAUCCGAGUAUACAAUUCUGGUCUCUUUUUCCAACCUACGAGGUACCAGGUUCAAGGUUAGCUAACCCGGGUUUAAUUGUGCUUGUAGUUGAGAUCAAUACUAUAGUACUCUUUAUGAUCUGUACAAUGUAUUAAUUGUGUAUGAUAGUAUAGAAGCUUGACUUUCUGGUUAGUUUAAUUAAAGAUAUACGAUGGUUUAAAUAUCGAAUUAAUGAGCAGACGACAAACUUUCCAUCUCAUCAGCUAUCCGUUGUUUGGAAAAAAGAACUUGUUUUGGAGUAUGACAAAGGUUCUCACUUCAUGAAAUAGCCUUUUCAAUUCUCUGCAAGUUGCAUAAUUAAUAGAGCACUUUGCUCCACCAUUCCAUUCUAUCCUUGAUCAAAGCUUAUAUGUGGGGAUGACCCACAUAUGUUAGUUAAAGCUUCGAAUCAUAUAUUAUGUUUAUCGCAUGUUUUGUAUGAAAUUUUGUUUAAUACCCUUUAUACUC